AUGGCAGCAGAAAAGUGGCAAAAUGUUAGAAAACAAAAUGAAGUUGAUAUUGACAAAGUAAUUAUCCAAUAUCUAAACAUGCCUCUAAAUCUUCAAGAUGUUUUUUCACAAAAAAAAGCGAUUGAAUGUAAACAAUUAGCAGAAAAAGAGCUAAUUGAACUUGAAUUUUUGUAUAAUAUUUCACCUAAUAUUCAACUUCAUAGAGAAUUGUUAGUAAAAAUGAACAAACUUCGGGAUGAGAUUAAAGCUCAAACACAAAAAAUUAAUAAAUUAAAAAGAAAUGCAAUGUAUCAGUCUAAAUGCAGAGACAAAAAACACAAAACAUUAGAAGAACAAAACGAAGUAGUCAGAUAUGACCAACCAGGUAGACCUUCGUUGUUAAUACAACAUCCUGAUUUGCUUUAUAAUAUUCAUGAUUCAGUUGAAUAUGAAGCAGCCGAUAUACGUCUUCUCUAA